AUGACCCGCGUCUCUCCAGAACAAUGGCGGCACCUUCUGCGGGCUUUACUCCGCGAAUGCUCGUAUCUCCCAGACCCUGUUGCCAAGGUCUACAUGCACUCGCACACCGUCCAACGCUUCAGACGCUACAGGGAUGACCCCGACCCAACCUACAAAAAUGACAUCCUGUGGCAGUCUCGUAUUCGGAGAUCGGCCCUGCAGAAGUUAUCACUCCUUCGACGUGCAAAUGAGGGAUACUCCAGACCACUCCAGCGGGUUCUCCUCAUGUCCUACGGACGGACGGGGAAGCGACGACGCGAAUUACUGGCCACUUUCAUCACUCCCGAAGUACCUACGGACACGCAAGCUGUGACGGAACUGAUCAAGCAACCCGUGAUGUUUGAAGAGGGCUGGGAACCGCCGUCCAUAGUGGUAGAACUUCUCCGGUCCCAGCUGAAGAAUCCAUACCUCAGACAACUAGACGUUCGACCACUAGUGAAGACGUUGAAACCAAUGAUACCAGAAGAGAAUAGUUGGGGGAGACCAGUUCCCGAUUGUCGGCAGCGGAAUAUCAGGAAGAGAUGGUAUCACGCUGCGUUGGAAAGUCUGUAUCCCCCGCUACCUGACCAGGACUUGAGCAUCCUGCAGGGUCUACUGUCGGGCUCUAUUCCCUGGGCGCCUGUGAAGCGGAGAGUGCCAGUUGGUGGUCGCCACAAAUCCCCCUCGACAUAUCUGGAUGUGAGGUUCUUGGUGGAAGGGCCUGCAAAGGGACACACUUUCCGGCCACUUGUCAACGGACGUCCCCAUAACAUCACGAGACGGUUUAUGAAGAGACUAUGGCAACGAAUCUCAUGUUUAGUCCCUCGGAUGAUGUGGGAUGAAACCGCCAAGAUGCACCGUUUUGAAUGGGACUCACCCAAGCCAGGGGCCGGAAUGGCCCUCCCUCUGGUGGAGGAUAGAGCAGAGGACAUCUUCCGCGGCGUUGAUGCUCAGGGGAAGCUUAUCAAAUUGCAACAUUGA